CAUAUUUUACUAGAGAAAAGUGAUAAGAAUUCAUUGUAACAUAUUGAAGAAUAAAUUUUUAUUCUAAUAAGUUAUUAUAAUUUAAAUUCUAAAUCUAAACAAUUAACUUAAAUUGAAGUAAGAAACAAAUAAAAAGUUUGAUUUAUAAGACAAAUUGAAUUGGUUUCCAAAAGGAUCAAAGUGAAAACAAUCAACAAUAACCUCCAAUUAAUCAGUGUGUUUAUCAAUAGAGUUAAUUAGCUGAUUAUGGUUAAUCAAAUUGGAAGCCAGUUAAUCAUUUUUAUUUGCUGGCUGAUUGUAAAUCUAAUCAAACCCGGAAAUGGAGCUUAUUAUGAAUUCAAUCAGAAUCCACAAGCUCUGAUUGAUAAUGAGGAUCUUAUUGCUGGUUAUGAACCAGGAAUAUUAUCACAAAAAUCCUUACAGCAAUUCGGUGACAUGAGAGAUGAAGAUUCGGGUUGGGAGAUUGAUUAUCCAAGAAUCACCGAAGACACUGAUUGGCCUAAAAGCGAUUUUCUCAGUAAAUUGGGUCAAAUUGCUGGAAUUGCAAGUCACAAGAACAAUUCGAUUUACAUAUUUCACCGAGGUGACCAUGUUUGGGAUCACAGAUCAUUUGACAUAUCGGAACAUUAUAAGAAGAUCAAUAAAGGACCAAUAGCCAAUGAUACGAUCUUCGUUGUCGAUGGUACAACCGGAAAAGUGAUCAAAUCAUGGGGAGCGAAUAAAUUUUAUAUGCCCCAUGGAAUCAGUUUGGAUCGGGAAGGUAAUAUUUGGUUAACUGAUGUCGCUCUUCAACAGGUAUUCAGGUUCAAACGGGACGAUCUCGAAAAACCCGACCUGGUCUUGGGUGAACCUUUUCAACCAGGACGUGAUUGGAAUCACUUUUGUCUUCCUACCGAUGUUGUUGUCGCUUCAACUGGAUUAGUUUAUAUUAGCGAUGGUUAUUGUAAUUCGAGGAUAUUAAUUUUAUCACCUUCGGGAAAAGUUCUGUCCGAAAUUGGAAUAAAAGAUAAUAUGGUGAUACCUCAUAGUUUAGUUCUAUUGGAGGAAGAGAAUCUGAUCUGUGUUGCCGAUCGGGAAAAACGAAGGAUUUUAUGUUACACUGCGGGUCUUGAUCGAACUCAACCUGGAAUUCUGACCUUUAACAUUAACCAUCCGAGAUUUAAUCGUAUAUUUGCCAUUGAUCAUGUCGGUGAUUUACUGUUCGCUUUAAGUGUUCCCGAAGACGAAUCACAAUCAGAAGGAAUCAUAUUCAACUUGGCGACAGAACGUAUUGUAAACGCAUGGAAACCUCGUUCGGGUUUUCGUCAACCUCAUGAUUUGACCAUCUCGUCCGAUCGGAAGAGCAUCUUUGUCAGUGACAUCGAUCCAAAAGGACCUAAAAUAUUCAAAUUCAACAUGUGAUUGGAAAAAGAAAACCAAAAAGAAUAUAAAAUGUCACAUUAAUUACGAACAAAUUAAUUUCGAAAAAUUUUUUUUUCGAUCAAUAUUAAUUCUGUUCCAAUGAUCAUCUCAUUCCAAUUCCAAUAUUUUAUCAUCCUGUAAAUUCAUCGUUAAAUGAUAACCACUAUUAUCUCCUUUGUCCAGAGAAUAUAAUUUAUUUCCAAAGUUAAUUACAACCAAUUCGAUGAUUAAAGCCAAUUAAACUAAAAUAAA